AUGGGAUGUGUAAUUGCAUCAGAGAAAGUCUCAAUGUAGAAAACCAUGAUGAUGGAGUCAACAUUCAAUAAGGAAUAAAGAGAAAAGGAGUAGAGGAUCAAAGCACAUCUUAUUUUGGACGAAUAUCGCCAAACUAAAACUAUUAGAAAGUAAAUCAAAUUGCAAUCCGAUGUCAAGGAUGCCUUAUAAGAGUAACUGACAAAGAAUAAAACCGUAACUCCUCAAAAAUCGUCAAUAGCUAAUUGA